GGAAUAAACUAAACAUACCGUUAAUCAAUAAAAAACCUGCCUCGAAAAAACUGAAAACAUUAGUAAAUAGAUAUUAUAAUGAAAUAAAAUUUAAAAGUAGACCAAGUAAGUCUUCAAUGUUUUCGAAAACAAUUGAUCAAGUGUUUUAUAUUGCAAAAUGUUAGUGCGCAAAAACAUUGCCUUGCUGCUGUGGUUUAAUACCUAUUGAACUCCGAGAGUUUAUGAUUGAUCAGCACAGUUAGAGGAAGCUAACCAUUCUCGAAUUCGAGGCGAUUGCCGUUGACCAAUAAUUAUGGACAAAUCUAAAGUUUCACGUGAAAGAAAGAAAUGUAGGUAUUCUCUUCGAAGAAAGCAACGCAAUGACUGUGAUCUGGUAGCCUUCUCCUUUGAUGGCAAAAAAACAUCUCUCUGACGAGAGAAGAAGAAAAUGGAAGAUAUCAUCCGAGAAUGCACAGUGGUUCGACUUGUAUAAAGGCGCGGUCAUAAAUACUUCCCGGUGAGAUAUCGCUAUGAAAUUUUCACAAAAAUCUAGAAAAAUAUUUUAAAUAUGUAUUAAAAAAAUUGGCCCCAUCGGGCUACUAGGUCCAUAGCUCCCAUAGAACAGUAAUUGCCAUUAUAUGGCAAUGAUGCGUAAAAAUACUUCUCAUGGUCAUAGUUGGAGCGUCGAAACUUUCAGUAAGGUUUUCUAAAAAAAAUUAAGAAAGCGAUACACAAGCUGAACAUGAUUUGUCGUUAUAGUCUCCCCCAUCCAACCCCCACAUUCGAGCUACAUAUAAGAACAAUAUCAUAUAAAACAAGUAAGGAAAGUCUAAGUUCGGGUGCAACCGAACAUUUUAUACUCUCGCAAUUUAUUAAAGAAACUUACAAACAUACAAAAUUUACCCAUAAAUUCGGCAUAAAGUUUUAUACAACCGUGAACUUUGUUGAGAUGUAUUUUUUGGUUUUUGGCCUAAGGCAGUACCACUGUGGAAUGGUAAAAGAAUCACAUUUAGUGGUUCUUAAAGAGCCUGAGAGCAGAUUGUUGGGUUACGUAAAAGUCGACGCCGAGGACGCUAAAACAAAACAGAGGCAAUUGCGCGAAUCCCUUGAGAGACUGAUUGGAAUUUGCUGUGAUGGAGAAGACAAACACAGGUUCUGAAAAUGGAAUUUUAAGGAGGUUCGAAGUCAUGUUGACUAGACCAUUGUGCUGGGUUGUUUGUUUAUUGCAUUUUAAUGAACUUCCACUUCGUCACUUGUUUUCUGCAUUGGAAAAGUCCACUACAAGCUGACCGCGCACAGCUAGUGGGAUAAUAACAAAGCAAAUCGAAACAUGCGAGCAGAUGGCGGUAAGCAAACAAUUGUUUUAAAGAGCCUAACAUGUAUAUUUUGAACUGAGCUAAAUAAAUAAAAUCUUUCUGUAGGCUGUACCCAACUUUGAGGCCAUUUCGUUGGGAGAUAUGCCUUCACCCAUUUAUGAAAAAACGCUCUCGACUGACGUUCAGUACUUGUAUCGAAUGGCAAAUGUAGUUUGUGAUGGUUUCUGCCCCGAAAAUUUAGCCAGUAUGAAACCGGGACAAUUUGUGCACUCUCGAUGGGUAACAAAGGCAAGCAGACUCUUAUACUAUGUUUACAUAUAACGAGUUUAACUCCAUAUACGAGCUUAACUCGAUAAUCUAUAAUUAAGAAACAAGAUUUCUCAUACAAAAUUCCUCUCUUGAUAAUCUGAGAUUUUAAAAUUAUCUCGUUUUAUACAACUAGAUUUUCGGUGUUAUUCCUAUUUUUAUCGAUAAUUUUGCGAAGAAGAGGAGAAAUGUCAAAUGAAAAUGUAAACCAAAAUGGCCGACAGCGUGGAAAAGAGAAAGAAGAGAUCCAAGUGAACAAAGAAGAAGUUGAACUUCUCCUGAGCUUGUGGACGGAAAAAUUGCCACAGUUACGAGGUAUUAAACGGAAUUCGCAUGUCUAUAAAGACAUGUCUAUGGAAAUGGCCGCCAAAGGCUUUAUAUAUUCCGCGAAUGAAAUUCGUGUGAAAAUACACAAUUUAACAAAUAAAUACAGAGAGGAGAGGAAAAUUGUUGGUCCCUCUGGUGGCAGCCCUUCGACUUGCGAAUAUUAUAUUAAUAUUAAUGGCAUUCUCGACAGCUAUAAAAGUUUCAAUUUAGUAAUAUUGGUGGAAGAUAGCACAGUUUACGAAGUUGUGGAGUGUGCGCUCUCCUCAAAUAACUUUUCCAUAGAUUCGCAAGAUUGCGCGUUCAGUCGAGGAACCUGUAAAGAAAAAGAAAAAGACAAAUGCAUCAGUUAGCAUUCAAUAUGAGUUUUUGCUUGUAUUCCAGGUUUCGAAUACCAAAAUUCAUUCUGAAAUUGAAGCAAUUAAAGAGGAUGGCAGGGAGGCCAUACAAAUUGAAAGAGAGAGAAAUUCCAUCCUGGGAAAAAUUUUAUAAGUUUUUAAACAAAGCAUAUAACCUCGUACCUGUGUCAAUUUUUUUUCUUUCUAUUCCAGCUGAAGUUCAACUUCUUGUAUGUGUAUUGUUUAUUUGUUUUAAAUGUUUAUUUCAAUUGCAUUACUUUUGUUUUGUUAAUGUAUUAUUUAGUUUGGUAAAUUAAUUAAUAUUGUUUUUUUAAUGUUAAUUUCUUAAUUAACUUUUAGUCAUUUGUUUCAUUAUAGCGUAUCAAUAUGUGUAAUAAAAAUUAAGUGAUUGAAUAUGAACUGAAAAUAAAUACAACUUACGUAGAAAUAGAGCUAUUGAUUUUCUCAGCAUUAGGGUCGUAGGUUCCAGAAAUGAAUAAUGGAUCUGGUUGCUCUCGUGGGCAUUAUUUUGCACUUCCAACCAUUUCGUGUUUAUGUUGUCAUUCAUUUCAUUAAAAAAAAAAUUGCAAGACGCAAGAACAUUUUAUUAUUGAUAUUGCGUUUUUAAUAUCGUGUCAAUUCCUUUCCCUAUCCUUCUAAAUCUUGCUUUCAGGUGACCAAAUGCGUUUUCCACAACCCUUCGAGAUUUAGAUAUGUAUGUAAGUGGUAAUUAAAAAUAUUCUCGUAAUCCUCAGCUGCUUUGUUAUAGGGAUAUGGCUUCAUUAGAAAUGGAGAAAAGCGAAAUGCUGAGUCCCCAAGAACUACAAUUGGGUCAUUAGUUUCACCAAUUUUUUUCGCAUUCUCUUUAAGCAGAGGAUUUUGUAAAAUUAUUUUCAAGUUGAAUUUUUCAAAUACAUAUUUGAGAAUAAUUACAACGACCAGGUGCUCCAACAUUAAUGUACAUAAAUCUAUAUCUGAAAAGCGUUACUUAAACCCAAAAUAUUUAUGUUGUUAACUUACCUGUAGUCUACGAGGGCUCCAACAUUAAUGUACAUAAAUCUAUAUCUGAAAAGAGUUUAAGUAUUAUCCAAAAUAUUUAUGUUGUUAACUUACCUGUAGUCUACGAGGGAGUAAAACCAUUUAUUACCAACCUUUGUAGUUGAAAUAGUCAACAGCAUCAGAUGCAGCUCUCCUUGAAGAAUUUGUCUCCUUGAAGAUUAUUAAACGAGCUUAUAACGAGAUUAUUUUCAUAUGUAAACAUACUAUUACGUUUAUACGUGACAACUAGUUCACCAUCAGCGAAUUUAUAAACUUUGACAACUUACAUAAUGAAAGUUUACGUGCCGGUGUACUUUUACAUUAAGUUCUACAACUCAGUUGUAUACGGCAGUAUCUUGUUAUACCCUGAACAGGGUAUAUUAAGUUUGUCACGAAGUUUGUAACACCCAGAAGGAAGCGUCGGAGGCACUAUAAAGUAAAUAAGUUAUCACAGCUAGAGUAGCUAUCAAAAUAUAACAACAACAAAGUAACAACAAGAACGAUGAACUUUAAUCAGAAAUUCAAUUCAGCAAUAUUCUGCAAAUAAACAAUAUCAUUUGUUGCUCAAAAAAGUGUAUUUCCAAAAAUAACAACAACAACACAUUCCGUCGGCACUAAACCAGAGCGGAAGCCGUGCCGCCGCAAUGUAGGCUGUUUCUUGAGGUUUGCUAUGAUUAUCGCUUAGGUUAGCAUUAUUGAAUAUAUAUAAAUAAGUACUAGUAAGUAAGAAUUCGUACAUAUGUAAGUUUAUAGUAAAUAAGAGAAAUAUUGUAUAAGAAGAAAUGUAGUCAAUAAAGUAGUUGAGUUCAACUUUACCAUUCUAAGCAGUGCGUGAUUAUUUAUACGGCGACAACCAUUAACUGGCGCCCAAGAACUUUAAAACUUGGAAUUGCCUACUGUACGUUUUGCAAGUUAAAAAAGCGAAAAAAAUUCACUAAAGAAUAUAAACUUUAUAAAAAUAUAUAAAUUGUUGUUGAAUAGUGCGAAUUUUUUACACAUCAAAUGCAAGUGAUUGUGCUUUUUCGAUGGUGUAUAAAAUUUUGUGCAAAAAAUUAUUGCUUAUAGACAUAAAGUGAAAAAUCGUUUUAACAGUAAAAGCAAACUAUUAAGUGUGUGACAAAUCAAAUCACAGUACUUAUAAAGUGGGCAACCAAAAUAAAAACGCCGCCAAAUCAACGCCUAAACUGACAUCAUCCACCCCCCAGUAGAGGACUAACGCUUCAAACAGGAUCACGUGGACCGUCCGAAGAGAAUGAAGAAGCUGAUACUCCUGUAAGUUAAUUUUAAGCUUAUAUAAAAUUUAUAAAUAUCCGUUAUAUAAACAAGUAAGGAAAGGCUAAGUUCAGGUGCAACCGAACAGUUUAUACUCUCGCAAUUUAUUGAAGAAAUUUAACCAAUAUAUAUAUGAGGAAUAAAGCUCACCGUACUUUUGAAAAACCUAUAAUUCGGUAUAUGGGAGCUAGGAGAAGAUACUUUUGAAAAACCUACAAUGAGGUAUAUAGAAAUGUUAUGACCCGAUUUAAAUACUUUUUGGAACAGAGACACACUAUUAGAAGAAAACAAUUUCCUCUGAAUUAACUUGAGAUAUCUGAGAGAUUUACCCAUAUUUUCGGUUAAAAUUUAUCUUUAGGCGCUGAGUUCAGCAUGUUCGAUAUCUGGGUCCUUGAAAAGUUAUGGUCCGUUUUCGACAAUUUUUUCACAAGUGAAGCCAGUGAUGAUAUGCACUAAUUGUGUA